ACAACCCGCUGCCUUAGCUGACAGACAGCUCAGCGCUAGCAGCAACUUCCUGUCUGGCACUUUCAGUCCUUACACAGCCAUCCAUUUCUUACAAAUGUCCAUUUAGCGCCACCUUUCUGACCAAAGAGCCCUCUUCACACGACUGUCUCCCGCUCCCCUGAAUUGUCGCGGCUGUCUUUCUGUCAGCUCGCGCUGCCUCUCUCUGAUUAUAUACCGUAGGCUCCCCAUAUCCGUCCUCGCCAUGAACACAGCUUUGUCCCGGGCUAACUCCCUCUUUGCAUUUUCUCUGAGUGUUAUGGCCGCACUCACCUUCGGUUGUUUCAUCACCACCGCAUUCAAGGACAGAGUCGUGCCCGUCAACAUCUACGUGUCCAGGGUGAUGUUAGAGAACGUGGAAGAUUUCACCGGACCCAGAGAAAGGAGUGAUCUUGGAUUCAUCACGUUCGAUAUAAAUGCUGAUCUGCAGCCCAUAUUUGAUUGGAACGUCAAGCAGCUUUUCAUUUACUUAUCCGCUGAAUAUUCAACUAAAAGCAAUGUGUUAAACCAGGUUGUUCUCUGGGACAAGAUCAUCCUCCGAGGAGAUAAUCCAAAAUUGUCCUUAAAAGACAUGAAAUCGAAGUAUUUUUUCUUUGACGAUGGAAAUGGUCUUAAGGGUAAUCGAAAUAUAACAUUGACUCUAUCUUGGAAUGUGGUGCCAAAUGCUGGUAUACUACCUCUUGUUACGGGUUCAGGACAUAUCUCUAUACCAUUCCCAGAGAAUUAUAAAACCACAAUGAGCUAUUAAUUUAUUGCAAGGAAUUUUUUUGGUUUUUUUUUUUUUUACAUUUUUUUUUAAAUAUCCUGCCUAAAUUUCCUACAAUAAUAAAAUACACAAAAUACAUAUUAAGUGCUCCAUUUAAAUAUACUUUAUUCCAAAAAGUGGGAUAGCCAUGUGGCAAAGAGCCUCCCUGUAAAUAAAGCUGAAAAUUCCACCAUUUCUAUUUUUAUUAUUUUCAGUUGUACGUGUGUUUGUCUUCCUCGGAAGAAAUAAAAAAAGCUAUUGUAUUAAUUUGCUCACAUCAAUGCAAUAAGUUCUCAUUGGACAUUGCUGAGCCUUGUUACUCUGACAGAACACAAAUAAUUACAUUUUUAGAACACCUCCUUGUACUGGAACAUCCAUUCCCAAAACCCAUUAAAAAGAACAUGUCUUAAUGUGUAGAUGAUUGUCAACUGUCUGAGCGUUGUUUUUCCAAUAAAACUAUCCAAUGUUGUGACCAGUA